UCGAUCCACGCUCUUGAUCUUCCCUCCAAAAACACGCGAGUCGUGACUGAGAUUGAUCGAUGGCCACCAAGCUGCUCGCGCUCGCCGUGUCCGCGGCCGUGCUGCUGGCCCUGGCCUUGCCGGCGCCGGCGUCGGGGCAGGCCGCGCCGGCGGCGCCGUCGUGCACGGCGUCGCUCGUCUCCAGCUUCACGCCGUGCCUCAGCUACAUCACCAACGGCAACAGCUCGUCGCCGACGGUGGGCUGCUGCCGGUCCCUGUCGGCACUGGUGAACGCCAGCACGGGCUGCGCGUGCCUCCUCCUCACCGGCAGCGUGCCGCUCGGCGGCGUCCCGAUCAACCGGACGCUCGCCGUCACCCUGCCCAGGGCAUGCAACUCCAUGGCCGUCCCGCUUCAAUGCAAAGAUGCGUCGGCGCAGCUCCCGGCUCCGGCUCCGGGCCCCGUCGCGGCCUCGGCCUCUCCCGCCAUGCCCCCGCUGCCCCCAGUGGCGCCCGAGUCGCCGCCGGCGGGAACCACCUUGGCGGUGCCACCAACGAGCCAGAGCCAGGGGCAGACGAGGCCGCAGGUGGCGCCCAGCUCUGCCUGGAGAGACGGUGCUCAUGUGCCUGAGUUGUUCGCAGUGAUCCUCGCAGUUGGAGCCAUGCUGGUUUGAGCUGAGCUGGGCAAGAAUUCAACGUUGCUGCUGCAAUACGUGUUUAUUAUUAUGUGUUUUCUGUGCUUGUUUGGUAGUAGGAGAGUGUACAUUGGCUCUUUGUAUGUAUACACAUUCUUUUGGUUGUGAAUUGAAAUAAUAAUAUAUGGAUUUCUGAUUA